AUGGAAGACUACCGCUACGAAGACGAGAGUGUGAAUCCCGACUACGACGACGACACCAUGUCCCAGCCCGACGGCGCAGACAACGGCUCGCACGAGGGCCAUGACGACGACGUCUUCAGCGACAACAGCCCGCGCAGCUCCAUGGGCUCCAUGUCCGAGGGCGACCCGCGCAAGACGGGCCACGAUGGCCUCCGGUCGCCGCGCAUCUCCGACAUCCAGCAGCAGUACGACGAGGGCGAGUAUCAAAAGGUCACGCCGCGAUCGUCGCUGAGGUCUGCCUCGGCCAAGGUCACCUCGCCCACUGAGGGUUCUGGUUCUGGCAUUCCUCGCUCCGGCCGUCGCAGCGCCCUGCCCACCGUCUCUCGCCUGGGUUCGCCCAGCCUGUCUGCGCAGUAUUCGGCCAAGAAGACGCCGCCGCGCUUCAAGAAGAACGACCCGCCGCUGGUGCUUCUGCACGUCACCCUGCUGCCGCUGAGGUGGGCGUGGGGCGAUGUUCUGGACGAGGCCAAGACCAGCGAGCUCAGCGAGGGCGUCAAGACUCUGCGCGAGGCCUGGCGACAGCUGGAGGACACUAUCGGCGACACCAUCCAGGACCGCGGCGUCCUCUUGCCUCACCCGCAAAACGACUUUGAGGUCAUGGAGGAGCGUCUCCUGGAGGCGCUGGAGCUGCCCUUUAAGAGCCGCGCGCGCAUCCUCGAGUGCGGCCACUACCUCGGCCCUUCCAAUGAGAUGCCCUUUGCCGAUGAGCAUGACAGCGAGGACGACGAGACCACCUACGACGACGAUGGGUCUGCUCGUGUAAGCGCGUCCAAGAAGGACACCCAUUGGUGCACCACCUGUUCUUGCGAGAUUCCCGUUGACGCUCUGGGAGCUGGCAAGAUUUACCGCGUCAAGGUCUAUGCUAGCAACGGCCUGCUGAGGGCCGGUGCGUGGGAAGCCUGCUGGAAGGAGAUGGAGCGUGUCGACAUUGAGAUAGAACCCAUGAUGGACGCCAAGCUCCAAGAUGAGAUGGUGCACCUUGCGGCGCGCCAAGACAAAAUCCUCUCCAAGAGCAGAGCAGGCAGGCGACGUCUCUCGUCUCGCAUCCAGGACGUUGAGGACGAGCGGGAGGAUGAAGACUUUGAUGAAUCCUUUGUUGGAAAAGAAAGAAGUGCAUCGCGACGAUCCGUGUCAUACGACAAGACCUCUCCCGGAUACCGCGAGAUGCACGGGGAGAAACAAGACAAGUCGCAGAGCCGCUUCAAGGCUGGCAGCUUCCCCGACAUGGUUGUCAAUGCCUUUAAGAAGUUGUUGGACGACAAGAGGAACCUGGCCAUUCUCCUGCUGAGCGCCCUGACUGUGGUGGUCGCUCUCCGGGGCGGCGUCAACAACAAAUUCUACGACGAACUCACCCCCUUCCAGCAACCUGAGCUGACCAACUCCUUUGAGACGCCGACCACGGUUGUGACUGACGGUGUUGGCGAGGAGGGAGAGGCGCAAGAGGGAGAUGAGGAGCUUUCAUUCUCUCCCUCCUCGAUCAUUGGCAAUCUGUUUACAUCCCAGGCAAAUGACGGCGAGAACCCCUGUGCUGCCGUGGAGCCACAGACCGUGACUGCCACUGUUACGGAGGUGUCCAACGUAGCUCGCACCGAGAUGCCGGAAGCCGAUGACGACUUGUUCUUAGAUGAUGACGACGAGCUCCCUGAGGAUGAGGCUUUUGCAUCCUCAGACAAUUUUUUCUUGGGAGAUGGUAUCAUGGACGAGGAGGAACUCAAGGGUGCUGGAGGAGGAUCACAAGGGCAGAGUGACUGGCAGUGGGGAAGCCCCUUCAAGUUUCCCUGGUAA